CCUUGGUCUGCGCUGACGGAAGUUGCCCUUGGUAUGUUGUCAUUUCCUAGGCUCAGGCUGUGGUUGUUCGGGAAGCGUAAGGAGGAAGCCUGAGCUCUGCUCCUGCCCUGAGACACCCGGUGGACACGUGACCGCUGGGACUAACAUAGGAAGCGGCUCCUGCUCUCCCCCUGCGCUCAGGCCAGAUGGCCACUUGUAAAGUGUCGGGGCAAGAAAGCGGCUUGCCCAGCAGUACUCGGGGAGAUGCUGAAGACAUGGAGCUGACAGAAUUGGGGCCACUCUUGGAAACAGGAAGAGAAAGAAAGGGCCAGGCAUCAAACUCUGGAAAUGAAAGCCAAGCAGCAAAGUUGGCUCAAGAAGAAGAGGAGGAGGAGGAGGAGGUUAGAGUACUGACCUUACCACUUCAAGCACAUCAUGCCAUGGAGAAAAUGGAAGAGUUUGUUUAUAAGGUAUGGGAAGGCCGGUGGAGAGUAAUUCCUUAUGAUGUGCUCCCUGAUUGGCUUAAGGACAAUGAUUAUCUUUUGCAUGGACACCGUCCACCAAUGCCUUCAUUCCGCGCCUGCUUCAGGAGCAUUUUCAGAAUACAUACUGAGACUGGAAAUAUAUGGACUCAUUUACUAGGUUUUCUACUAUUCCUUUUCCUGGGGGUUUUGACGAUGCUUAGACCUAACAUGUACUUCAUGGCUCCCCUGCAAGAAAAGGUGGUUUUUGGAAUGUUCUUUUUGGGGGCCGUGUUGUGUCUCAGCUUUUCCUGGCUGUUUCACACUGUGUACUGUCACUCAGAGAAAGUAUCCCGCACAUUCUCUAAGCUGGACUACUCUGGUAUUGCCCUACUGAUCAUGGGAAGCUUUGUGCCCUGGCUGUAUUACUCGUUCUACUGCUCCCCUCAACCACGUCUCAUAUACUUAUCCAUAGUCUGUGUGCUGGGCAUCAGUGCAAUUGUUGUAGCACAAUGGGAUCGCUUUUCCACGCCAAAGCAUAGACCUACACGAGCAGGUGUAUUUCUAGGUCUUGGUCUCAGUGGCAUUGUUCCCACUCUCCAUUUCACGAUUGCAGAAGGCUUUGUUAAAGCGACUACAGUAGGUCAGAUGGGCUGGUUUUUCCUAAUGGCUGUUAUGUAUAUAACAGGAGCUGGCCUUUAUGCAGCACGGAUCCCCGAACGAUUCUUCCCUGGAAAGUUUGAUAUCUGGUUUCAAUCUCACCAGAUCUUUCAUGUCCUGGUUGUAGCUGCUGCCUUUAUCCACUUCUAUGGCGUCUCCAACCUACAGGAGUUCCGUUAUGGGCUGGAGGGUGGCUGCACAGAUGACUCUCUUCUGUAAUGUCUGGACAUUAGUAGAUUUUUCUUUUUCCUCUGGAGAUUUAUACGGGGAUAGUUAGAGAACUAAACCAAUUUUAGAACCCAACUGUAUUUUCACAAUAUGCCCAGAAGACCUCCGUUGUAAAGCAGUGGGCAUGAUAACUCCUCACUAUGGAAUACAGGACAUGGGAAGAUAAAAAUCAAGCUAAAGUGUAUAUUGAACAAUACGUUUACAUUGCCUUGUGGGAUAAGAGGAAAGAGGCACUAGGUCUAUUAUUUUAUAUCAGUCACUCAACAUUCUUCUGCCAUUGUGGAAUCAUAUAAACUAAACUUUAUAGGAAGUCACUUCUUCUGAUUUGGAACUUCUUGUACUAAUGAGAGAAAGCAUUAGUGGAGCUGGAAUUUCACUUUGGUGACAACUUGUUGAGCACUUGUUCCUAUUGUAUUACAUAAAUCUUUACCAAUGUACACAUGCCAGUAUAUGAGGGUUUGCUGUCCUCGUUAACAGAACUAUAAAACAAAAUGUUAUUGUAUUUGACCCUAAAGCUGAACUCCUCAAAACUUGACAGUUCAGAUUUGACUGCGGUUAUUAACCCUGAUAUCACUCAUUCUCACCAUCAUGACACUCAAGAACUGCUGUAGCUAUUCAGAUCUCUUUUGUAGUGUGCAGUGAUUUGUUUCGGGUUUGAAGAGCCUCUGUCAGCGACUUCAGUCCACCCAAGAGUGGUUGUGCCAGCUGGUUCAGACAGCAGAGGAGCGCAGUAGCUAAGCGGGUGGAAAGUUUAGUAAGUAUUCUGUUCUCCCCGCACAGUGCUCGCUCCCUUCUGCAGAGGCUCCGAUGCCACCAAUGAAUGCCUACAUAUGGACCACAGCACAUUGGCAAAAUCAUGCCUUCCCAGGCAUGAUUUUGCAAAAACACACUGAUACACCAUAAUAACACUGGGCCACCAGUGACUAAGUUAGCCACAGCAGAUGCACCAUUAGACAAGGGUGUCUAGCCUUGUCAAUCAACAGGGGAGGUGGGGGAGUGUACUGAGCAUUGAGGGGCGUAUAAGUAGAACCGCACCAAGAGCUACACCAGCACCUCAGUGCUCGAACUGCCCAAGUUACAUAAAUAUAAAACUCCAGAUAUCUCUGCAUCAUUGCAAGCUAAAAAGAAAUGUAUGAUUUUAAUCAAUAUGAUCAACCCUACAGGCAAUAUGCCUGGUUUAAUAGGCUUGAUCAUGCUAACAAAGGCCUUUUUGAGGUUGGUUUCACUCAUAUAUAUUUUUUUUAUGCAGUUUUUAUAGCCAAAGCCUACCUAUAGAAUUGCCCCUUAACCCCUGACCUACUUUUGA